ACCCUGUAUAUGCAGCAUAUACUAUUCCAAUCGGAGAUUAAAAUCCGACAUUAGCCUUAAUGCAAGCGUUUCAACAAGACUUGUUCUCGUCACCUCUGAUAGUACUCUUGAACGUUUCUUAUGGAAUACGACAUUUGACAAUACUACCGAUGAGUUAGAUAGUUUGAUGAAAGAAUCGAAAUUAUUAUAACACGAAAUAAACAUACUCGUAUUCACCAUUAACCAAACUAAGGGAGAGUUGUAACUUGUAACUGAAAUAAGGAGUAAAAUGGAUCCAAAAUAUGAAAGCAAUGAGACCAACAAUUUUAACUUCAUGGAUUACUUCGAGCUGGACUUUAAUUUUUCUAUUGAUUAUUACAAUUUCACACCGAACGCUCUUGCUGUCGAGGACUUUUCAUCGGCCGUGACUUUUGGAAUUAUUGCUGGUUUAUUGUGCGUUUGUGCAAUUCUUAUCAACAUCGUCAGCAUAAUCGUGAUAAAUCGGGUAGUGACAAAUUACAGUGCUAUUUAUGUGUUGUUUAUUAACCUUUCAAUAGCUGAUAUGUUAUGUGCUUUGUCGACAUCUUUAGAAAUCUUUCCUCGGCUGAUGAUUGGAGGUGCUACCUGGUACACGCUGCAUCAUUUAACAUUCUCUGCUCAUUGUCACGCGGUCAGCGUCAUCUUGUUUGCCACGUUCUACUGUACAAGCGCUUCUCUGUUACUUAUCCUCGCAGUUCUGCGAUAUAUCGCCAUUUCUCAACCGACACUAUACGCUAAUGUGUCCAAGAAGUGGCAUAUGCGAGGUUACAUCGCCUUGGCGUGGUUGGCAUCUCUCAUCAUAAGCCUCCCGGGAGUCGCCGCCUUUCUCCAUGGUCAAGACAUGAACAUUUUAUGGGACCAAGUCUGGCCAUGUCUGCUCGGAACAAUCUACGUAAUUGUUAUAUUCCUUUACAUUAAAGUGUCGUACGGUCUUUUGCGCUUGUCACAAACGGGGAGAUCGUGUACCCAGCUCAAAGAGAACCACAAGGCGUUCGCCACGAGCGUCAUACUCAUGACAACGCUCAUCCUAACCGCCGUACCAUACAUAACAGUGAAGUUAAUACGCUACGACUACUGGAGCGCAACUCUGCAAAAACUUCACAAUACGUUUAUAUGUUAUAUCCCCUAUGUCAACUUUAUUACAAACCCAAUCAUAUAUGGAUGGAGAACAGGGGAGAUAAAGAAGGGAUACGCGAGGCUUUUGAAGGGAUGUUUCGGACGACUGCCAGGUACCACUUUGGACUUAAGUACUCCUGAGACGCAGUAUUCUAAAGUUAAUCGACGUAUGGACAAUAAAAAUGCAGUUUCGUCGACACGAUGCAAUACAGACACUGUACAGAUCUCGUCAUGUUAGUUCUGUGCAUACUAUUUAUGAAAAGAUUUACCAAAAUUACCUCGUGAAAGAUGUUAAUUACUAAACAGAUAGUAACACUGAUUUGAACAGACAAUUCAAAACAGACAACAUCACUUUAUCUGAUUAUAGUGAUCUUAUCCAAAACCGGAAAUUACGGAGAUCCAAAAUGGCCAAUUAAUGUCACCCAUAUGAAUGUCAUGUAAAAAAUUUCACCUGCAAUUGAAUACAAAGUCUUGUCUGGUAUUCAAAUAUUUCCUUUCUUAUUUUCACCUUUGAC